UCUGAAUUGACAUUCAUCGCAUAAAUCCUCGCACACAAUGCCAGUUAUUUUAUUACAUUUUAAACAAAAUAUGUUGACAGCACUGAAGCUUAAUAUUGUAAUGCUUUUCUAAAAUGUCUCUUCGUUACACCUGUAGGGUACAUUUAAAUAUAAAGUAAAAGGCUGAUGCCAUAAUUGCUGAGUUAAAACAUAAAACUCUAUACAGCGUGUAAAACAUAUGUUGUUGAUGUGCUUUCUGUGAAGGAAAUGUGAAUUGGGAUGGGGGAGAACUAGAAAGCGGUUUUAUUGUGGGCUACUAUUGAAGUGGAAGUGUAUGGGGAAGUGUUUUAUUGCACCCUUUGUGGAAGACAGUCUGGCAUUUGCGCGGAAAAAACAACUGGUCAUGUAACAGUUUUGCAGGUCUUGAGUUUGGGAGGUAUUCUAGGUUACUAUUUUAACUAUCAAAAAAAUACUUCGGACCAACAUUUUAGUUAUGUAGAACAAUCUGGAUAGGUUAGCAGGCUAAAUAACUAUACUCCACUGACUAUGAAAUAUAGGCUACUCAACGUGUAUAGAGCUAUACUGUGUGUAUGGAAAGGGGUUCACAAUUAAUACAUGUAUUAACUAUCUUAAGAGUUGCUUUAUAAACAAGGCUCACAGAGGUCAAAUCCUCCAUGAAGUCGUUUUAUUCAUAUCAGAGAAAGGCUCGUGGACCGUUAACAUUCAGCACUGAAUUCCGAGCUCUGCAUUCGUCAUAUGGCCCACGUUAACGUAAUAGCCAUUUUAAAAGCAUUCGGAUUUAAAGAUCAAAGGCUGUUUGGAGAACACCACGUAUGUGCUUGACUUCUGCUAGACCAGUGAGCUCAUUAGGUCAAUUAAACGGAGUGCCGAACUUUUAUUUGGAAGGCUGGGUUUAAUUGAUUCGGCUGUGAAUAGUCAUUGAAUUAGUCAAACCAUUCAUAAAAGUGAGUUUUACUUUGAUCAUGUUACCCCAAAAAUAAACCUAAAAGCCCAAUAGGACUUCUCAUUCAAAUCUAAGUUUGUGAAAUGAUGUACUAAAAUUACAUUUUGAGCUUGGUAUCGGGGUCAAGAAGCAACAGAAACAUUAGAAACGCAUCACAAAUAUUGUUGAGGAUGUUGGAACAGAAAGCUGUUGGCUAUGUUUUCUUUUUUUCGUAGUUUAUUCUUUCAUUAUCCGACCCUAGGCGUUUACCGACCCUUUAUAACAUUUACCUAUAGACCCUCAUAACUAAUAAUCGACCAAUUACAGCUACACAUCUCAAAUCCUACACUGUAGCUUAGCAAUGCUAUACACCUCAUUCUCUUGCUGUUGUAUUUCAUGAUGCAAUAUUUGCAAAUGUCUCUACUUUUUUAUCCAGUGAUCUGACUAUUCAAGUGUAAUUGUAUUCUGGAGGCAUGCUCUCACUCUAAAGACUUCCAUUAACUGACGCUAGUAAUUGCUUUGUUUGGGCGACAAUUCCCCAUAAGCGAAUACCCACAGCGGUAUAGUUUGGAAGCCGUGAUUUGUCUGGCGUUAUUACUAUGUGUGCCAUACAUAGGCGUUAAGACAUUCUUUAGCUGACCCCACCCCAAUUGGAUCCUUUCCGUAUCUUAUCCAACACUUUUCUUGAAUUUGCUAAUCUAAUCGCAGCAAAGAAAAGAAAAACGUCUGCCUAUAGCAGACCACUUUAAAAUAUGCUAUGAAAAGUAGUUAGCUUUUUAAUAUAGUCUUUUUCGGGAGACGCUCACAUGCUUCAACUAGAAUCGUACAUUCUUAACUUCUGUGUUGUGUUGCGUUUUUCUGCCAACUGAAAAAAACGUGUUUUAAAACAACGAAUUAUUAUAUUGUUGGAUAGGCCUACCUAGGAUUAAAUGAAUCAACAUCCAGUCCAGUUACGUUACGCUGUUAAAGCCUACGUUCUUAGAUACAUUUUUCUGUGGAAGAAUACUUUUAACAACAAAUUAGCCUGUUUACAACACUUUGGUUUCUGUGUUGAACGCUAACUAAAUAAUUUAGUAUAAUAUACAUUUUACCAGUGUGUUGUGUGGUUCUACAUGGACCCCAAGAGAGUACAGCAUAUAUGGUGUUAUUAUUAAUAUAGACCAAUGUCAACCAUAUUAACAAUACUAUAUACUUAAACAAUUUUUUUUAUUAAUGUUCUUUGUUCAACAUACAUUCAUAUUUUAAUCCGUUCAAAAGCUAUGUAUAUCACAUUUAGGGAAAAUAUAUUUAUGGAUUUUAGAGGGCAGUAUCGUUAAGCUUGUACUGACGGAAUGAUUCGAUCACACGAAGUAUAAUCAUAUUUUCUUUAUAAGGACCUUGAAACAUAACUCUGCGUGGUCUCCUUGGUCCAACUUAUUAAAAAUGACUUAGGUUAAAGAAAUGAAAUAGAGCAUGCGUUGGUAUCAAUUUCUCUAAGUAAUUAAAUUCCGCAUUAAGGCGAGUUCAUUAUUGUGAAUGGUUAUAUGCCAAUCCGAUUUCGUUAAUCCACACAUUAUAUUUUCAUUAGGCUAUACCCUCACAUUGUGUUUUUGUUGUUGUUGCAUGCUGUUGUUGUCAAUUUCAACAGCAAUGUAGCUAGUGUGUGUGCGCCUACGUGCGUGUGUGUUUUGUCAGUACGUACCGCAAUUGUUGUUGAUUAUUUAGAUAAUUGCUAGUAUGAUUUUACAGGAUUAGGCUGUAGGCCUACAAAGACACACACUCACGCACGCAAACACGCGAUCGAAUGCUAUCAUAAUGCACUUAACCCAACGCACAUUUACACGAUGUGUGAUGUGUGUGAGCGCACGCAUAUAAGAGAGUAGUUUCGACUGAGAAUUUAAAAAAAGUUACGUUUUUUUCUCCCUGAUUCCCUCUACUGCCUUCUUUUUAUUGGAGGAAAUGUGGUCAGCUGACAUUGUCAUCUUGUCCAUCCUGGAGUGAGGUUUUAGAAACAACAUUCGGCUGCGUGCAUUGUCUUUAUUGGCGUCCAGAAAUAAAUUAUUUCGACCGCAUUAAAACGACAGACUGACGGAGAAAAACAAAACAAGAUAGUGACUUGCGGAGCGUGAGCAAGGGAGAGAUUGCAUACAUAGUUGUGAUUGAAAGGGAGGGUGGGAAAGAGAACAAGAGGAAGAAGGGAGAGAGGUGAGGUAUGAAUUCGUAUUUCGCAAACCCGUCGCUAUCAUGCCAUUUAGCUGGUGGUCAAGAGGUUUUACCAAACGUGGCCCUUAACUCAACUACUUAUGACCCGGUUCGACACUUCCCGCCUUACGGAGCCGUGUCCCAAAACCGGAUAUAUUCCUCGUCUUUCUAUUCACCCCAAGACAACGUCGUAUUCGGCUCGAGCAGGGGACCGUACGAGUAUGGAUCCAACGUGUUUUACCAAGACAAGGACGUGCUUCCCAGUUGUAGACAGAGCAGUCUGGGACAAGGUGCACAAAGCUCGCUUACUCAGGAUUACCCGUCUGAUCAGGGCAGGAACGUCUCCCAGGAACAGAAGGGCAGCAUUCAGAUUUACCCGUGGAUGCAGCGAAUGAACUCUCAUAGCGGAGUUGGAUAUGGUUCUGACAGACGAAGAGGCCGCCAAAUCUACUCCCGGUACCAAACUCUAGAACUCGAAAAGGAAUUCCAUUUCAACCGCUACUUGACGAGGCGCAGACGAAUCGAAAUUGCCAACGCACUAUGUCUCACCGAACGUCAGAUAAAAAUCUGGUUUCAGAAUCGGCGGAUGAAAUGGAAAAAGGAAAGCAAUCUAACUUCCACUCUCAGUGAAAGUGGUUCGGCAGAGGCGAGUCAAGACACGGGAAAAGAAGACAUAGAAGAGGUGACAGAAGAGAAAAAAGAAUAAACAACUGGGCUUCUAUAUACAUCAAUUCGCUGUGAUGUGAGAAUAACUACCUAUCAACUAUUGUUUGGCACAAUAAAGACACUACAGUAUUAAAUGUAAAGCUGCGUUAAAUGCAAUGUGGACGCAACAUAUCUUCAGACAGCAAAGUUUGUAUUUUCCAUUUGAUUCUGUAGGUAUAUUAACUUUUCACGGACCACGGACCAUUCCUUUCUUGACAUUCCGUCACAUGUGUGAUGUGAGGACGUUCAUGAUGAUACAUUCUUAUAUUUUCUUUGUCAACGGCAAAACAGUGGUUCGCAUCAUUCUGUAUAUGACGAAUAUGUUGGCAAUAUGUUUCACAAAAGUGAUUGUCACAACCAUGUGUGAAGGAAACCGUAAGCAUUACAUCAGCUUGAUGUUUUUUUGUUUUUGCUGUUCUACGAAGUACUAUCCUAAAUAACAACUACCUAAAUUGUUCAUAUGUUUGUAUAUAAAUCUAUAUCUAUAUUACAUGCCUUAGCCCUGUGAGCGCCUUCGUGCGCAUCCCGCAGCUUUUCUGUAGUAGGUACUUAAUUUAUGUUUAGCUAUCUACCAGUAUGUGGUAAAAUCAUAACUGACCGAUGUAGCUUGAAUUGUAGUGUUAACAUAAAAACAAUAAACAAUAACGGUGUUGAAAAAGUGAUGAAAUUUACGUCAAAUCAUAUUUAAUUAAAACUGUUAAUAAAAAGUUGUUGUCCACGUAAACGAGUUUAUUUCGUUAUAGUCCCCCAUGCAAGUAAAAUUUGUACAUGUCACUGUUCGUUUUUUAUUCCGUAAACACAAAGCCAGUCCCCAUUGCUGUUUUUUUAGGUUAUUUUGUGAUUUCAAUGCUUUGCCAUUUAAAAUAAAUAUAUUUUUCUGAGAUUCUCUGACACUGUAUGGCCAGAUACGUUAAAGUUAGGCUAUGCACUGAUAUGUGACUGAUAUGUGGCUUAGAAUACAUACAGUGCAGAAUAGUUUG